AUGAUUAAGUUCGCCCAGCGCCAGGCGACAACAGCUUCGGCGUCGUGGGUUUGCUCAACGUGUCUCCGGCGCAAGGCUCAACAAACCAUACAGCAGCUUCCUCGGGCAGCAGCCUCGCGAUGGCAGCACACUGCCACCCACACUGAGACCGCCCGGCCUCCUCCACACUCCUUCUCCAUCCCGCCCUCCGCUACCAACACGACCGCUCGCGCCAAACACGACGAUGCAGACCUGCGCCGCAUAUUCGACUCUCCUUCAGCAUGGCUGGCCUUCUCGGGCGCGUUCAAGGGCAAGCCCCGCGUCGGCCUCUUCCGCAAUGCCUACCUGACCGAGCCCCAAGGCUUCCUCGCCUUUGCCCAGGUCUCCCUGACGCGUGCCCAACGCAUCGUCGACAAGGUCCUCUCCGCCAGCUCCGUGGCCGAGUAUAGAUCUGUCGUUCGAGACCUUGACCGGCUGUCCGACCUGCUGUGUCGCGUCAUAGACCUGUCCGACUUCGUGCGCGUCACCCACCCCGACAGACACAUGCAGGCCGCGGCCUCGGAGGCAUGGACCGUCGUAUACCAGUACAUGAACCAGCUGAACACGACAACUGGCCUGAACGAGCAGCUUGGGAAGGCAUUGGACAACCCGGAUGUCUCAUCUGGCUGGUCAGAAGAGGAGAGGGCUGUGGCGGAGAUUCUGAAGCUGGAUUUCACAAAGUCGGCCGUCAAUCUGCCCAGGGAGGAGAGGGAUAGGUUCGUCGAAUUAUCGUCCGAGAUAGGCGAUGUCGGCCAGACCUUCGUGGAGCAGAUGGCCCCAGAAGAGCCUGUCCUUACGUUUCCGAGCAGCAAGCUCCAGGGUCUGGACCCCACGAUUGCGCGCAGGAUGACCCGGAGGGGACGCGUUUACUUACCAGCGCUGAGCGGCGAGGCUUCCUUGGCCCUACGCACCGUUCAUGACGAGGAUACAAGGAAGGCGAUCUACUAUGCUUCGCGGACUGCAUCGACCAGGACGGUCAAACAGCUGGAGCAUUUGCUCGGUCUGCGGGCUGAGAUUGCCAGCCUGUCUGGAUUCGAGAGCUACGGUCACAUGGCACUUCGUGACAGAAUGAUGGCCAAGUCACCCGAAUCCGUCCAGCAAUUCCUAAAAGCUCUCAACAAGAACAACGCGCCGAUAGCCAAGCGCGAGAUGGAGGACCUCAUAGCCUGGAAGCAGGGCAAGACUGGCUUGUCUUCGUCCAACUUACAACCAUGGGACAAAGACUACUACAUGGGCCAGAUCAGGGAUCUGGAGAGGUCGAAAGCCAAGCGCGAAGACUUCUUGUCCGCGUACUUCUCGCUCGGAACCAUUAUGCAGGGUCUGUCAAGGCUCUUCACACGUCUCUAUGGAAUCCGUUUCGUGGCCAGGGAGACGAUGCCGGGGGAAACCUGGCACCCCGAAGUGCGGCGGCUCGACGUCAUAUCUGACACCGACGGCCACGUUGCCGUUCUAUACUGCGACCUGUUCUACAGGGCCGACAAGUCGCCCAACCCGGCACACUUCACAGUGCGGUGCUCGCGCGAGAUCGCAGGGUCUGAGCUUGAAGAAGCCGAGUCUGCUGCUCAACAAGCCGUAGCGGGCAUUCCGGACUUUGCCUCGGCUGAGGAGGCUGCCAAUGACGGCAUGGCCAUGUCUCGAGGCAGCAACGGCGUCCUGAAACAGCUGCCCACCAUCGCACUCGUGUGCGACUUCCCUCAGAGCCAGGCUGGCGGUGACAAGCCCGCCUUCUUGACAUACGGACAGGUGGAGACGCUUUUCCACGAGAUGGGCCACGCGAUCCACAGCAUCCUGGCGCGGACCUCGCUGCAAAACGUUUCAGGCACGCGCUGUGCGACUGACCUGGCCGAGCUCCCCUCUACGCUGAUGGAGCACUUCUGCGCAGACCCGGAGGUUUUGCGCCUCUUUGCUCGGCAUUACGAGACGGAUGAGCCGCUGAACUACCAGAUGGUCGUUGACAGGAUACGGCAAUCCCGACGGUUUGAGGGCACGGAUAACGAGAAUCAGAUCCUCCUUGCGAUGCUGGACCAGGAGUAUCACUCCCCACGCGCGGCAGUCGGAUCCUUCGACUCGACCGAAGUCUACCGCGGCAUUCAGCUUGAGUAUGGUAACACACCCGUCGACCCGCCCGGAUGCAGGUGGCAGGGCUUCUUCGGCCAUUUGUUCGGGUACGGCAGCACGUACUACAGCUACCUAUUUGACCGCGUGCUUGCCGAGCGGGUGUGGAAGGAGGUAUUCUCGUCAGGACGGGAUGGUGCGGCCAUCAGCAGGGAGAACGGCGAGCAGCUGAAGGAGGGCCUACUCAAGUGGGGUGGAAGCCGGGAUCCUUGGAGGUGCCUGGCAGACGCGCUGAAGGACGACCGGGUGGCGGACGGCGACGAGAAGGCCAUGGCCUUGGUGGGAAGCUGGGGCGCAGGGGCCACGGUCAAGGAGUGA